AUGUCGAUUGUUUGUUGCCGUGACUGUCUGUCGAUCGUUGGGGUUUAUGGAGUGAUCUCGGCCGUCGCUCAACAGCAAACUCCGCCACUCAGAAACUACUCCGAUGCCUCUACACCCGGGGCCCCCUUGACGCCGGGCUAUCCAAUAGAGGUUGGCUAUCAUUCGGAUUUGUGGUGUCGUUCGGCUACGUGGCUGGCCGCACACGCUGUACGACGACGUCGGAGAUCGCGCAUUUGCACCCCUCACACUCAUCCAUAUUUCCUUCUUUUUUGCUUUUUCGGCCAACCGAAGACUCUCCCACACACCCUUCUCGACGCGUCACAUACUGUACGUAUCCCUCCCUACCCCUCUCACCCCUGUCUCCGACCAAUGCUCUCCAACACUUGCCCUAAGAGUUUGACUCGACACAUCUCUUUUUCGGCUUUGGGUGCGCGUUUGUUCCCGUUGCGACUAUCAGCCCAAUCACAUAGAGUGUGUGCAAUGGAGGUACUGCGUAACAACCUAGAGGCCUUUCUGCCCAAGAUUAAAGAUGCCAUUGAGGAGGCCGACUUCAUUGCGAUCGACGCGGAAUUCACUGGCCUUGGAAUUGGAUACCCAAACGAAUACCUGGACACUGCGCAAGACCGGUACACCAAGUCGAAAAGAUCCACUCAAUCAUACGUACCCAUACAGUUUGGGCUCUCUACUUUCGCUUGGGAUGCAGCCGCUAAGCAAUAUGUAGCUAAGCCCUUCAACUGCUACGUAUUUCCGGCCGUGGGCAGCCGAGUUUUGGGUCUGGACCGCGAGUUUACCUGCCAGGCCGGCUCGCUAGUAUUUCUGCGACAGUCCAAACUGGAUUUUAACAAAUGGAUCUCGCAAGGGAUCCCGUACCUCAACCUUGAUGAGGAGGAGAGAGCAAUGCACAAAAUCGGCAUGGCUCUGAGCGGCGAAGACAUCGCAAUAGAUGGCCAAAACCAGGAUUUUGUCGAUACGACCAUGGACGCUAUACAUACAUGGCUGCAAACUUCGAUUGAAAAGACUGUGACGGUUUCCGCACCAACUCGAUAUCAUAGGCGACUUGUGCAUCAGGAAGUUCGGAAAAAGUAUAAGGAUUCGCUAAAAACGGAUGGCGUUGAAAGUUUUGUGCAUAUUCGGAAGCUUACAGACGAGGAGAGGAGGGAAGGAACAUCUGAGAGAAGUAAAAUGCUCCAUGACGAACUUGCAGAGUUGGUGGGCUUUAGGAAGGUCCUGGACCUGAUAUCCAAGAGUCGGAAGCCCGUUGUCGGGCACAACAUGAUGCUCGACCUUCUGCACACAUUUCAGUCGUUUCACAAAAACCUCCCGGAGGACGUUGCGGACUUCCGAAAGGAUCUCUCGGAACUGUUUCCGAUAAUAUACGAUACCAAGCACUUAGCGCAUUCAAAUGAGAAGCUGCAGCCUUUGAUCAUGAGAUCGUCCCUGAACGAUGUCCUGCAACGAACGGCGCGCGUACCGUUUGAGCAUCCACACAUAGUGCCUCACCCGGAGUACGCUUCCUACGACACCGAGGGUGAAAACCUCCAUGAGGCUGGGUACGACGCAUAUGUCACCGGGGUGAUUUUUGGCAAACUACUAGGGGUGGCCACCGACUUACAAGCUGGCGAGCGCAUAUCGUGGGGUCAUGAGAGUAUUGCAGCAGCGGCCAACAAAGUCCACAUGAUGCGAUCGGACAUGCCAUACUUUGAUCUUGACGGGGAGCAAGAGCCAGACCGCUCGAACGUGUUCCACAUAUCAGGCUUCACCCAAGCAGUAUCCUUUCACGAUGUGCAACAAGAGUUUGAGGAUCUUGGUGAUAUCAGUGUGAAUCAGCUGACAAAGGAGAGCUGCUAUAUCAUUGUGAAGGACCGAUCCAAGGUCCCGACGGUUUUGUCUGCAUACGGAAGCUCAACAUCAGACGGAGAACAGGGGCGGAAGAAGAACUUCACGUACAAACUGGCAACGUACGCCGAUCAUAUCGCUCCGAAGCUCUCGAAUGGGGUGUCGAAGGUCAUUGAUGCUAUCAAAGCACCGAUUCUCCAAGACAAGGGUGCAUCAAAUGGAGGAAAUGGCACGCCUUCCACACCACAAGAUGACGAAACACCGCGGAAACGGAAACGAUAUGUUGACGAGUUGGUGAACGUAUCUGCGGAAGCGGAAGCUAGCCCUGCAAGUACUCGGGAAUCGAAGAGACGUUCUAGACGCGCAGGUACAUAAAUUGAGCAGUAGCUCCAUCGACGGCGUAGCUCAACCGGAUGUCCACAAGACUUGGUGUCCUUACCUCCACCCCCUCACCUGUCAACCUACGGCUUGGACAAUUCGCAUAGCAAGUCUUGCCUUAGAGUAGUCUCUCACCUGUAUAUACGCCUUUGUCUGGGGGCAUGUAGGUUGUGGAUAUUUUGGAAACAUCACGCAUCUAGUGGCAUGAUCUUUGCUUUAUCGUUGCGGGCCUUCGAAGCGAUUAAGGGUAUCAACAAUAUCUGCAUCGAUGUGUGAUGAACAACGAGGAUUUCAUUUUUGGA